CGAGUUUAUAAUUCCAUUUCAAACAGACAGCAAGGCUCCUCUGUCUCUGGGUGUAUUUAUAGAUGCGUGUGUAUAGCGUACUUACAGGAUUGGAAAAUAAAUAAAUCAGUCGCGUUUCAGAUUCAAUUCGACUCGUGUCGAUAGAAAUUUGCGAAUUAUAAAUUUAUAUCAGGUCUCGAGCUCUCGAUGACAGAGGCGAGUUUGAAUUGGUUUGUUUUGAAAACGUCAAAGACGUCAUCUGAAAAAGGGAUAAAUGGACGCGCACGCGCGCGUCCGACGCACCAGGUGGUCGUCGAUGGUGACGAUACUUUUAGCACAAGCCGGGUGGGCGGGAGGGUGGCCGUAGGGUGGUUUAUCGACCAGGAUACGAGGUCUCAAAAGGUUCAGUAGUCGUGGGACCACCACCCCGUCAAAACGAGCUUUUGUCGAACGCGAGCUUCGCGGACGCUUCGCAGUGCUCCCAUUUUUUCUCUCUCCCCCUGUCCCCCUUUCUCUUUCUCGACUUUUCGUCUUUUCGCCCGCUAUCCUUCUUUCUCGCUCUCUUGAUACUUUCCAAGGUUGUGCAAUCGAGUACGUCGCAGGCCAGGGGGUUCCAUAUAUCUCACGCGCGAGGAUUCAGCUAACGAAAAUGAUUACGGCGUUACCGGUACCUUCGGUGAAGGUCUUUCACAAGACUUACUACCAGGAGAAAGGAUUGCGGAUAGGGAACAGCCAGCCGGGAAGUCCACUGGCGGAGAGCGAGGCGGUACUGGCCAUGUUAGACAAAGAGCCACCGGAGUACUAUUUUUGCGGAAAGGUAAAUUCGCUGUACGUCGUCGUCGGCUCGCUGUUGCUGGGAGCUGUAGUCCUGGUUGUCGGUCUGGUGCAGCUGGCUCCGGGCGCGGAAGCCGCGCAAAAUUCGGCGGCGCUCAUCGCCACCGGUAGCGGCCUCCUGGUGAUAGGGAUGUUCCUCGCCCCGCUGAGAGCCGUGUGCAUUAGAAAGCAGAGCGCGGCGCAAAAGGACGGCACCCAUCAGCGGAGCGUCACCAGCAUAGAUAUGCUGUUGGCUCAGCACAGGGAUUUCACGGUCCUGACGCCCGACGAACUCGAGGAUCUCGUGGGCCGGUCGACGUCCAACAACCUGGAGAACAAGCCUCACAAGCAAGGUCACAAUACCUAGGUACCGCCUGCCUCGAGGAAGGUGCUACCUUCCGCGUCUACCGCGUCUCCGCCGUGCACGAGUACCACGCCACCAUCGUCCGUCACGUCGUCAGGACCAAGUUCCUCCAUUCUGUACACGCAUCGUUACGAUACGCGCGAGCAUAGUUUGGUUUAAUCAAUGUGCGCACUCGCUACGUUAUUUCCGAAUAGAGCCGUCACGCAUUUUCUAACGGUGCGAGCGAAAAGCCGGGGCCCUUUGAGCUCCAGGGUUGCGACGUAGCGCGACUCGUCGACGUAAGAAAGUGGCUACACACGUAGACUUCGUCAUAUUCGAAAAAUUCUCCGACACGGUAAUCAUUGCUUCUUUCUCGCGGCUCUUUCAUUCGCGCUUGUCGCGUUGAAAAAUGAUCGAUCGCGCGCGCAUUUGACAUUUCUUUGCAUCCACGUAUGAACGACAGCGAAUAGAGGAAUUUCAACGAGUUGUUUGAUGGCAUUCGAUUUUGUUGAUUUCUUGCUCGCUGACUUUACGGUCUCGAAGCUAAAUUACAGUACGCGCUGACACAGGGUGUGUAGCUUUAAUUACGUUAUUAUAGUUGACGAUAUCGGUCGAUCGUAUGACAUGGACAUGGAGUUAUAAAAUAAUUACACUCGCACGCUAAUUGCACGCAACAAGAUAUGCAAAUUAUCACAGGAAUAUUUAUUGCGAAAAAUAAAGUCGGCGAAGGUGACAAAUUUCGCAGCGAGAAAUAUAAUAUGCAAUUUUUACUCGUCCUACGAGAACUCGAGCAUGAUAUUUUGGAAAGAACGUCCGCGAAUAAUGUGCGGAAAAGAGAAAAGUUCAAGUUUAAAUCAAGUUCUGGGAGGGCCGAAUUUGGAGUCUUGAAAGGGACAAUCGCCCAAAACGCGGAUAUUGUAGAUAUUGAAAGAAAGAAAACCAAACACAAUCGCAUAAUAAAUUUCACGAAAUAAUUUUUUCUCCCUCCAUUUUGCAAAAACAUUUUUUUAUUUUCUAGAGAUCUUUAUUCCCAGAUUGUCCCUUGCACUCUUAAAUUCGGUCCCUCGGACAAUUUUAAAAAAUUUUUCGUGAAUGUAUAAAGAUUUCGCGUCACUAUCGUUCUCCAUCGUUGCAUUAACUAAAAUAAUUGUUUUCAAAUAUUUCCAUUAUCGAGCUAAAUUACACAUGAAGCAAUUUUAUAUACGUACGAAUCAAAAAUUAAAGGUUCUCUCUUUGAAGGAAAAAAAAGCACAUGUGAUUUGCUAUAUUUAAAGCGUGCAGAAACGAUCGCUCGUACGCAUUUUGAAUCGAAUACGUGCGUUUCAGAAUCAGACAUCUCCUACAUCGCUACGCACUUUCGAUUCUCCGAUUCAAAAUGCAACCAUCGAAGACGACAAGUUGUACUUUGUCCGUGUUGUAAUAUCGUGGAAAUUUUAUCGACAACAUUUUUUCGCGUUACACAUCGUUAAGAGAGAUGCUUUAACGUUGGAGGCACAAUCCUUUUUACUAUAAAUACGUAGUAACGGACGUUACUUUCUCAAAGACUAAAUUGUGUUCAAUUUAUAGGUGAAUGAGUCUGAUGUACCGAGCAACUUUGUCGUGUAUCUCUAUAUUGCGAGUUAUUUAAAUAAAGAUAUAUAAUUCGCGAGUGACAUACGUAUAGAUAAGAUUCGGAAAUCUUCCUCGACAAUUGUUCCCUGCAGGACGAUAAAAACAAAAAAAAAAAAAUGAGAGGACGAGAGAAAUUAUACGCGUAGAAAAGACUCGUAAAUUUUACCGAAUAUCUCCUUGUCAAAUUUAAAACGCGUACUCAUCGUGUGCGACGACGGUACGAUUAUAGAACGACGACAGACAGAGACACGCGAUAUGUAUAGCCCCAUCGAUAGGCCGUGCAUAAUGUCAAGAUCGUUGAACGAAAAGGUAAAACGGCGUAAUAUGCCGGAUCGGAUGAGUAACGACGAACCUCACGCGCAAUGAAACAUACCGAGAUCAAUACGAUAUGCUUAUAUAGAGUGGCGUGCAAAGAGCGAGAAUCGGCAACCUCCGACCUGGGUUUGAAAGUCCUUUAGCGAGAAUUUCAACGCCGGGCGCAAUUAGCUCUCACCUUCGAAAUUUCCGAGUUCUAAUUACGAAAUGAGGCCUUGAUUUAAAUUCUCGCUCAAACAAGGUCGAAAGCGAGAGGCUUGUUCGUGAUCGCCGAUUUUCGCCUUUUCGAGAUCACAGCUUAGUACAUACACACAAAUCAUAAUUAAACGCUUAGGAUAGAUGUCAGGUAUCGAAUCGAUGUUCUUCGUUGGAAAAGGCAAAAGGAUCGAAACUUGAUAUUUGUCCGUCAUACCGAGCUCUUUUUUCAUCUCGUCAUCUAAUUUACAGAUCCUUUAAAGUCGAAAAUUUUCUCAUUUCGAGGAUACGGGCGAGCAAAAUAUAUAUAUAAGUCUUAGCAAAGUAACAUUAAUACGAUUAAGUUUACGCGGAAAUAAUCGCCUAACGUAGAAACAUAAAUCAAAACGCUAGAAGACUAAUAAUAAGUGACUCGGAUCACAUGAUUUAUCCAUAUCUUGUAUAUCCUAAUAAGGGUAUCGUCUCGGUUUCUAUCUCUAAUUCGUAAAAUUAUUCGAAAAAUAACAAUUAUUAAAUAACGAUUAUUAAAUUAUUAAAUAACGAUAUUUCCAUAAAAUAAGCAAAUUUUUGGAUACUUCAUAAAUUCUUAUUCAUAAAUUUGACCUAAAAAUGCCAAUCUCGCUACUGUUUAAUGUUUAAUGGAAAAAAAAUUGGCAAGUUAUUCUUUUCGUCCAGCAAAUCGGUUAGAUUUUUACGUCGCUUGAAUCAGCAGCUAGAGAUAUUUAUUUCUAGCGAACAAACAAGCUUUGAAGAGGAAACAUAUCUAUCAAGUCGGUUAUGAGUAGAGAUAUAUUUUUAUCGUCUUUAAUGGAUAUAUAUACGAUAUGAGGAGAGGGAGGCGAAUAGCGAUUAAGGAAAAUAACUGUCCACAUUUCCCAUAUGCUGAGAGGCUUGCAUUUGUCGUGAGAUUCCUAUUGAAUGUUUGCCUUAAUUUCAGAGAUAAAAGUAUCGUUGAAUGUAAAUGAUAAAUUCUAUUUACGAAAAAAUUCUAAUUACAAAGAGGUAAAAGCGCGACUAAUAUUUUAAAAGUAUUUUUAAAUUUACUAUAUUUUUUAAUUGCCAUGUUUAUCCGCGCGUAAGAAAACUUAUGCAGUAAACAGGAAACAAGGAGAUCGGCGCAUUUCCGCUGAUGAUAUAAUUUGCCGCGGUAGAAUUUUUAACGUAAUUUUAAGGCGAGUGCAACAAGGAAAUAAUCAUCGAUAGUAACGUACAUGUGGCUUUGUAUAGGAGAGGCACUUAAUAACGUGCAAUAUUAAAAAUUACAAUUAACAUAUAAGAGAAUUGAAAAUUAUGUCACAAAACAUUACAUGCGGAUAUUAUGAAUAUUAAAUUUACAUUAUGGAUAUUAAACGUUAUAUACAUGACAAUUCCUUGUUGUACGUAAAGAUUGGACAUAAUUUUAAGAGAUUCAA